AUGUCGCUGCUGAAGCCGCCCACCCCCCUACCUCCGGCACCGCCCCCGACACUACCGCUCACGCAGUCCCGGGAAUUGGAAUUGGCGGAGAUGGACUCCGAUUCAGAGCAGGAGCGUAUGGGUCUGGACGACGAGGAUGCCGCCAUCGAUGUGGAGGCGGAUGAAGAGCAGGAACCCGGUUCUCCUCUAAACCGCUCAUCCUCGCCACCAUUCAGCAAGAGCAACCUCUGCCUGGAACGCAACGAGAGCUCUGGACGCGAGCUCAUGGAUAUCACUACUCCUUCGGCCACUGCUGUCCUGGAUAAAUCCAUAAACCAAAAGGUCUACUGAGCUAAAAAUAAAUAUAAAAAUCCAAAAGCUGAGUGUGCCUCGAAAGCCUAACAUUUCAAAAAAGAAAACAUUCAUAAAAUCGUAACACAAGCUUGGAUAAAUAUUAUAUAAAAGUUUGGAACUUAUUUCGCUCAGUGCUGGACCGCGUCAAUGGGUUUCAAGUUUUUUUAAAGUUUGUUCCUAAGUCCCCUGUAAAUACUGGCUUGAUAUCCCUGUAAAAUGUAAAUGUCUCUUGCUCAAUAAGUAUAGGAUUUAAAUUAUGUAUAUACAUAAACCAUACAUAACGUGGAUGGUGUGGGCUUGAUUUUUCUUAAGGUUUUUGGGUUUGGCUUUUGAUUCUUUAAAUUGCUGGUCAAGUGUAAGUUAGGUUCGAUAUACUAAGCCGAGAUCCCUUCGGGCCAAUAAAGACCUAUCAGGAAAAUUAAUGUUAGUCUAGAGCUAUUCGUAAGAAGUGGCGUGAGUCAAGCAAUUACCAAAUAAUUAGUUAAAUUAUUUAUAUUUUAAAUUGAAUGUUAACAUAAUCCAAGCUUAUGCUGAAAAAAAAAACAAAUUUCUUAAAACAAACUGACACAUCACAGAAUUGAAAUGCUUAUAAAUAUACAAAUAAAAAAUUAUACAUAUAAAGAUAUUAAUAAAUUAUAUUA